AACAAGGUAGCUCUGAAGGCAGACAUCUCACUUGUGCAGACGACGUGCGACGUCUUACGACUUUUUGCGGAAAACUGGUCAUUUUAGAUGUGAUUUCACGUUGUUGCUUGGAAACCAUGUCGACACCGACAGCUUCAUAACAGCAACAUGAAAAUUCGACUUUCAGUAAUAGCUUGGACAAGUUUCUGUUCAGUUUUGUUACAUCUUUGUCACUUUGUUCAAAAUGGGGAUUCUCAACUGCUCAUCAACGUCAAAAAUCAGGGAGGUGACGUUCUGCAGGAAACCAUUAUAUCAAAUGUUACGGAAGACGUUGUGACUCUUGAAUUUCAGAGGUCAGACGGAACGUUAGUAACACAACUAAUAGAUUUUAGGAAGAAUGUUCAAAUUUUGAAAGCCUUAGUAUUAGGGGAGGAGGAGCGAGGACAAAGUCAGUAUCAAGUCAUGUGCUUUAUAUCACACAUUGAAAAGGCUGAAUUUAUAUCAUCUGAUGCCAUGGCCAAACUCAGACAGAAAAAUCCUGGGACUGUAAGGAUGCCUGAGGAAGACAGAGGAAGGCAUAAUUUCACAAUGGACCUAUUUGUUGAUACGAGUAGAUCAGGUGUUAUCUCUAAGCAUAUUGCAAAUCUCUGUACUGAGGCAAAAGAUGCCACUUAUACUAGAAAAGCAGAUCUCAAACUUUGGUCAGAACAACCCGGUGCAUCAAUGAACGCUCUUCUUUCGUGUGUUCGCCCAUUCCCCACGGAAAACACUUCACCUCCAAGGUGCUUGGACAUAACAAGCCUGUGGAAUCCAUGCAUGUGUCAUCUUGAAAUGUGCAUUGGGUGGUACCCAUGUUCACUAAAGUAUUGCAAAGGCAAAAGUGAUGCUUCAUAUCGGUGUGGUAUCAAAACCUGCCGCAAGUGUAAUCUCUUUGCCUAUUUUGUUCCUCAAAAGCAAAUGUGUCUUUGGGAUGAAUGACCCCGGCCUUACAGUGGGCUUUUCUCAUCACAAACACACCUGUUUGUUGGCAACGGCUGAUGUGUUUAGUGGAUGAAGGCUCACUGGAAACCGUACAAAACAGCGGUUCAUCACUCAGUUUUGUCUCUUGUCAUUCCAAUCAGAGGAUUUUUGCCUGGAGUAAAAUUUACUAUCCCUGUAAGCUUAAGUUCCUGGCCAAGAUGGUCACUCAUUUAACAUUUGUGAGAACAUCACAUGUGAGAACAUGUCACUAUGGUGCUAACUCUUAUAAAAGAGUUGUGUUUGGUAUGUUGACUUAAAAUUUAUUGUGAGGUACCAUUCUCUCUGCUUGGAGCUUUUUGUGAUAUAUUGUGUUUAAGUUGUUGAAAAGAUUUCAUGUCCAGAUACUUUUUAUGCGACUGUAGUUAGCAAUUAAUAGCUGUCUUAUCCUUUUAAUUUUGUUUAUCUAUUCUGCUCUUUACUGCUGCAAACGUUCUUUGUCAUCCAAUUUUAAAGUUUAUAGAAGUUUACUCAGUACCAGUUGAAUGCCCUGUUAUCAGUCAAUAAUAUUUUUUAUUUUUGAUCUCACCCUGGAUGUAUGAAACAUUCCUUUGAUAUUAAAUUAAGUUUUAUUCCAUGUUUGAGAAAAUAGCAAUUCAUUAUAAAACAUGAAACAUUUUUUUUGUCCUCUUGGAAUUGUUUUUGAUUGCUCUGAUGUGAUUAAGAAUUAACUUUUGUAAUGGGUAAAUAAUGUACGGCCUCAUGAUAUGACUAGACCCAUCUUGGAUUCUAUGAGAUGCAAGGAAUUUAUAUCUUUGUUUCAUCAAACUUUGUUCCAAGAAGAUGGGCUUACACAUGUAAUGUUUUUGCACUUAAAUUUCUUUGUGAAUUUUGCGUUUUUCUAAAUCAUGUGAUAAAGAUCUAUGAUUAAUUUUUAAGUUAGGAAAAUGAUGUUUCUGUAGCAUGUAUGUGUAAGAUGUAUGAAUGUGUGUCUCUUAUGAGUUUUGGGGUAAAUUUUGUAAAGACUCGGUACAUUCUCUGGCAUGUAUACUUGGUGUAUCAGACUCACUCAUUGAAGUCAAUUGCUGACAAUUGGCACAUUGUAGUGUGGUUGCUACAGUCUUCUCCCUUCGAAUAUAACUUUUGACAAUGAAAUGGUAAUCCAAUCUUUAUGUGUGUCAUUAAUGGGUACCACACUUCAUUACUGUUUUUUUUUUUUUAGAAAGUGCAAUGGCAUUGGUGCUAUUUCCCCUCGCAAAUAUUUAAAUCUAUUAUUGUCUCGCAUCUCUGGUUUCUUCCCCAUCUGUUUGAGUGGUAGGUCAGCUGUGACUAUUUUAGCAGCAACUGUAACAACAUUGUCAAUGUUUCCAGUUGAGUCUCAGUGGUGUGAAAUGCCUUUGUCCAUCUGUAGCUCAACUUGAUUGAAGAUUGGGAGCAAUAUUUUUUGGUAGGUUUUAGACACAUGGGAUUUUAUCUUUUUUUUGUGUGUGUGUUUUUAAAUUCCAAUGUCCCAGUAAUUAUGUAAGUCCUUACAGACAUAUGUGUUGUCUAUAAAAUUCAAGGGCAAAGAACUGAAGUAAUUUUACUGACGAGUGGUGAUUUAGUCAGUGCUUGAUAUUUUAUUUUUACCAUUGUAAUGAAUGUAAGUGCCAUUCUACUGAAAUGUUGAACAGUAUACCUUUAAAAAAAAUUGAUACUAUGUAAAUAUUUUACCCCUCGCAUCGCAGAAUACUAAUUUUUUUACAUUUUGUACCUGAUAAAUAAAGCAUUACUACUGAA